AUGUCGCCACCACCUGGCUUCGUGACUCCCUCCCCCGAGGUCGAGUCCGCCCGGGCCCCCGGGUCCCCGUCUCCCUCCUACGAGGUUGAGCCCGGCACCCCGCCCGCCACGCCUGCGACGGGCUCGACGUCAACCUCGCCCGUCGCCUCUUCCGCCGCCGGAUCAACCGACGCUGCUGCCGCCGCGGCCCCCGCCGCCGCUGCCGCUGCGGCCUCUGCUGUGCCUCCGCCGCUGCGGCCUCUGCUGCCUCCGCCGCCGCGGCCCCUACCGCCGCACCGGGUGCCCCCGCCGCCGUGGCCCCUGCCACCGCGGCACCCGCCGGCCCUGCUGCCUCGUCACUUGGCGUGA